UCGAAAUGGGGACAGAAAGAUAGCGGCCCAGUGAGAUAGCACAGCUUUACUGAUAACAAGCUUUUCAGUGUUAUUUUUCGCGAAGCAUCCCAUUACAUCUAAUAAUUUUGGAAGGAAACGCGGAGGUACCGGAUUAUAGCCUCCUCUCACGUCCCGCUCCUUAUAAUACCCCUAUGUGGAUGGCCUCAUGAAUUUGACCAACAAUAAAACGGGACGGUUUUGAGGUAUACUGGCUCUGGCUGCAGGGGAUUACGGAAAUGAGGACAUGAAGCUAAAUAGGUUUUGAAAAGACAAAGAGCGUGCCUGGCCGUUGUAAGUGAAGCAUCCACAUCCGCCCCCUCCCCACUGAGGGGUCAUGGCUCCCCGGACGGGAAGAGGCCUUUUGGCUCCGGCCAAGCUGAGCUGCAGUCCAGCCCCCUCUGUGCUGCUCCUCCUCCUCGGCGUACUCCUGCUGCCUCUGCACAACCUCUCUGAUGCCUUAGCCCCCCCAAGUUUCAUCAAACUUCCUACUGACCAGAUAGGCGUGUCAGGGGGAGCCGUCUCAUUCGUGUGUCAGGCCACCGGUGACCCCAGACCGCAGGUUGUGUGGAACAAGAAAGGAAAGAAAGUCAAUUCUCAGCGCAUUGAGACCAUAGAGUUUGAUGACGGCGCGGGAGCUGUGCUGAGGAUCCAGCCUCUCAGGGCGCCGCGGGAUGAGAACACCUACGAGUGCGUCGCCCGCAACAGACAAGGAGAAAUAUCUGUCACCUCCAAACUCACAAUACUGAGGGAGGACAUGCUUCCCCAGGGCUUCCCUUCCAUAGAUAUGGGCCCCCAGCUGAAGGUGGUGGAGCGCACGCGCACGGCCACCAUGCUGUGUGCCGCCAGCGGCGUGCCAGACCCCGUCAUCUCCUGGUUUAAGGACUUCCUGCCUGUGGAGCCCAGCGCCAGCAACGGACGCAUCAAACUGCUUCGAUCAGGUGCCCUGCAGAUUGACAAGAGCGAGGAGAUGGACCAGGGGAAGUACGAGUGCGUGGCGUCCAACUCCCAGGGUGUUCGCUUCUCUGCCCCGGCCAACCUUUACGUGAGAGUGCGGCGCGUGGCCCCUCGCUUCACCAUCCUCCCCACCAGCCACGAGAUCAUGCCAGGAGGAAGUGUCAACAUCACCUGCGUGGCCGUGGGGUCACCCAUGCCCUACGUCAAAUGGAUGCUCAAUUCGGAGGACCUGACCCCGGAGGACUCUAUGCCAGUUGGCCGAAACGUCUUGGAACUGGAGAGCGUACACGAGUCCGCCAACUACACCUGCGUGGCCAUCAGUAGUCUGGGCAUGAUUGAUGCAGUAGCUCAGGUCAUCGUCAAAUCGUUGCCAAAGGCUCCAGGCGUGCCUAUUGUUACUGAGAUGACGGCCACCAGCAUCACCAUCACCUGGGACUCCGGAAACCCUGACCCCGUUUCCUAUUACAUCAUCCAGUACCGUGCCAAAAGCCCCGACAGCAAGUAUGAGACAGUGGACGGCAUCACCACCACACGCUACAGCAUAGGUGGCCUUUACCCCAACACCGAGUACGAGUUCCGCGUGUCGGCCAUCAACAGCAUCGGCCAGGGGCCGUCCAGCAAAGAGGUGGAGGCUCGCACGGCUGAGCAGGCCCCCGCUAGCCCUCCUCGAAAUGUCCACGCCAGGAUCAUCUCCUCCAACACCAUGAUGGUGCGCUGGGAGGAGCCAGAGGAGCCCAAUGGGCAGAUCAAAGGCUACCGCGUCUACUACACCAUGAAUAAGGACCAGCCCAUGAGCGCGUGGCAGAUUCAGAACGUUCAGGACAGCGUCAUCACCACCAUCCAGAGCCUUUCGCCCUCGGAGACCUACACCAUCUGUGUGCUGGCCUUCACCUCAGUCGGAGAUGGACCUCCCUCUGAUCCCAUUCAUGUUAAAGUCUUGCCAGGAGUUCCAGGACAACCAGGCAAGUUCCAGGUGGGCAGGAUUACUGACACAAGCAUAGAGCUAACCUGGGAGCCACCCUAUUCCAAAGAGACCAUCCAGAGCUACGAACUGCAGUUUAAGUCCAAGUUUGGCAGUCAGGAGAAAAGGACCUUUGCACCAAGAGCGUCCUAUGUAAUUGAGAAUCUGCGAGCCAACACAGAGUACUCAUUCUCCCUGGCCGCGAAAUCCAAGCAGGGCAUCGGCGCCUUCACCAACGAGAUCACACAGAGGACUGCCCAAGCCAAGCCCUCAGCCCCCCCUCGCGGGGUACAGUGCUCUCCUCUUGGCACCUCCUCCAUACGGGUAAGUUGGCAUGCUCCCCUCGAGGAGGGGCGCCAGGUGGAGUUGGAAGGCUAUGAGAUUCAGUACCGCCCCCUAGCCAGUGGGCUUGAGACAGAACCUGAGCCUGAGAAGACCCAGCGGGUGAAGCCAGAGCCCCAGCAGGCUCUGCUGAGUGGGCUGGAGAAGUGGACGCGCUACGGGGUGUCUGUGGCUGCCUUCACGUCAGUCGGGUCCGGUCCACCGAGCUCGCCGUUGGAGUGCAAGACAGAUGAGGAUGUGCCAGGGGCACCCCCCAGACAGGUGGAGGUGCAAGAGCUGAACUCCACGGCCAUCAUGGUCAGGUGGCGUGCAGUGGUGCCCGAGAAACAGAAUGGCCAGAUUAGGGGUUACCAGGUCCACUAUGCCCGCGUGCAGGAGGGCGAGUCUCGAAGCCUGCCACGCAUCAAAGACAUUGUUUUAGAUGACUCCCAGUGGGAAACAGAUGAUUCUGCUGAAUAUGAAAUGAUCAUUGGAGAUCUGCUGCCCAACACCUCAUACUUGAUCACUGUGGCGGCAUAUACCACUAAGGGGGAUGGCGCACGCAGUAUGCCACAGAUGGUCCAGACCAAAGCUACAUUUCCGGAUCCUCCCGUUAUGUCUCUGAGUCUGGAGCAGCAGGGGUCCAUCUCAGUGAGGUGGCAGCAGCCACUACCCUCCCCUUCCCCUGAACCUGGACCUGGAGCUGGACCUGGAGCCGACUCCCCACCGGCCUCUGUGCCAGCUCAGCUGGGCUUCCGUCUCCAAUAUGGUCUGAAGAAUGACACCCAGCUGGUCACUCUUGACCUCCCCGCCCAGCAGCAGCAGUACACACUGAGCGGCGCGCUCCCGGGAGGCACCUACGUCUUCCUCCUUUCCGCCAGGGGCCCCUCCGGUCUCGGCGAGGUGGCCCGAGAGGAGAUCACUCUGCCGGAGUGUCCGCCCGCGGGUUACCCAGAUCUGGCAGGUGUGGUCAACGCCACCUGCUGCACCCUCCAGAUAUCCUGGAUUCCCCCCAACACGUCCGACUGCCACGGAGUGCUCACGAGCUACACGUUGACCUACACCGAGGCCAACGCUAGCCUGGCCCCUCGCCUCGUAUCCGUGCCGCCCGGAGACACCUCGUACACGAUCAUUGGGUUAAACCCGGACACUGCCUACCGUGUGAGAAUACAGGCCCACCACACUAAAGCCGGGCCCGGGCCUCUCAGCCCCCAGGCCCAGUAUAACACGCUGGCCUUCGACACAGAUGUCCCCAGGAAUUUUUCGGUGAACCUGGCGACAAGGACGAGCGUGCUGUUGACUUGGGAGUUUCCUGAGAGCAGCUCCCCGUACCGUUUCACCGUGGAGUACAACAGGAACAAGGUGGAGGUGGAUGCCCGACAAAGGAAGGCCGUGAUUGCCAACUUGGAGCCCAACACCAGCUAUGACUUCAAGAUCACCAGUCCUGAGGGCAACAUGGGGGGGCUCAGGCACCGCAUCCCUGCUCGGACCUCACCUCCCAUCCUGAUCAGACGACCUGAGGUGGACCGAAGCCGGGAGACAGAGACCACCAUCACCAUCAUACUGCCUCCCAUGGAAACAUCAAGCAACAUCAGGAACAUCUAUGUGGUGGUCGUUCCCCUCAAGAAAGUUCGUGGAAGACCCUGGAAGCCUAAGAACCCCGACGACAUGGACCUGGAGGAGCUGUUGAAGGACAUCAGCCAGAAGCAGCUGGACCCAAGGCAGAGGCAGGUGGACCUUCGCCGAGCCUACAUCACGGCCCGCUUCUCCCCUGCCACGCUCCCGGCCUUCUUCACCCUAGGGGACCAGCUUGAGUACGGCGGCUUUGAGAACCGUGCCCUGGAGGCAGGCCAGGAGUACGUCUUCUUCAUACUGGCAGAGCUCAAUGAUACCACUGGGAAGAUGUUUGUGGCCAGUGACUACUCGGAGCAUGUGAUGGCCCCUGACUCAGACCCCCAGCCCCUGGACGCUGGUGAUGGCCUAAUCUGGGUGGUGGGCCCCGUCCUCGCCGUCGUCUUCAUCAUUUGCAUAGUCAUCGCCAUCCUCCUCUACAAAAACAAGCGAAAGGACUCGGAGCCGGGCACCAAAUGCUUGUUGAACAACGCAGAGAUGAUUGCUCACCACCCUACAGAUCCAGUGGAGAUGAGGCGCAUCAACUUCCAGACUCCAGGUAUGAUGAGUCACCCCCCUAUUCCCAUUUCGGAUCUGGCCGAGCACACGGAGCUGCUGAAGGCCAACGACAACCUCCGGCUCUCCCAGGAGUACGAGUCAAUCGAUCCUGGUCAGCAGUUCACCUGGGAGCACUCUAACCUUGAGGUCAACAAGCCCAAGAACCGCUAUGCGAACGUGAUUGCGUACGACCAUGUGCGGGUCAUCCUGGUUCCCAUUGAAGGAAUCAUGGGAAGUGAUUACAUCAACGCAAACUACAUAGACGGCUACCGCAAGCAGAACGCCUACAUCGCCACGCAGGGCCCGCUGCCCGAGAGCUUCGGGGACUUCUGGAGGAUGGUGUGGGAGCAGCGCGCCGCCACCGUGGUCAUGAUGACCAGACUGGAGGAGAAGUCAAGGAUUAAAUGUGACCAGUACUGGCCUAGUCGUGGAACAGACACCUAUGGAAUGAUUCAGGUCACACUGUUGGAUACCAUGGAGCUGGCUACCUUCUGUGUUCGUACAUUUUCCCUACACAAGAACGGCACCAACGAGAGGAGAGAGGUCCGCCAGUUCCAGUUUACUGCCUGGCCUGAUCACGGGGUGCCUGAGUACCCGACGCCAUUCCUGGCCUUCCUCAGGAGGGUGAAGGCCUGUAAUCCCCCAGACGCCGGCCCCGUCAUCGUGCACUGCAGUGCUGGUGUUGGCCGCACCGGCUGUUUCAUUGUCAUCGACGCCAUGCUGGAGCGAAUCAAGCACGAGCGCACGGUGGACGUGUACGGUCACGUGACCCUGAUGCGCUCUCAGCGUAAUUACAUGGUGCAGACGGAGGACCAAUACGGCUUCAUCCACGAGGCCCUGCUGGAGGCCGUGACCUGCGGGAACACCGAGGUGGCCGCCCGCUCCCUCUACUCCUACAUCCAGAAGCUGGAGCAGGUGGAGGCGGGAGAGCACGUCACAGGCAUGGAGCUGGAGUUCAAGCGCCUGGCCAACACAAAGGCUCACACAUCCAGAUUCGUCAGUGCCAAUCUACCGUGCAACAAGUUCAAGAACCGCCUGGUCAACAUCAUGCCCUAUGAAACCACCCGAGUGUGCCUGCAGCCAAUAAGAGGCCUCGAGGGCUCGGACUACAUCAACGCUAGUUACAUCGAUGGAUACAGGCAACAGAGGGCCUACAUUGCCACUCAAGGCCCACUGGCUGAGACAACAGAGGACUUCUGGAGAAUGUUAUGGGAGCACAACUCCACUAUUGUGGUGAUGCUGACCAAGCUGAGAGAGAUGGGCCGGGAAAAAUGCCAUCAGUACUGGCCAGCCGAGCGUUCUGCCCGCUACCAGUACUUUGUGGUGGACCCGAUGGCCGAAUACAACAUGCCCCAGUACAUCCUGAGAGAGUUCAAGGUCACAGAUGCCAGGGAUGGGCAGUCCAGGACAGUGCGACAGUUCCAAUUCACAGACUGGCCUGAGCAGGGAGUGCCAAAGUCUGGAGAGGGUUUCAUUGAUUUCAUUGGACAGGUGCACAAAACCAAGGAGCAGUUUGGGCAAGAUGGCCCCAUCAGUGUCCACUGCAGCGCGGGAGUGGGCCGCACCGGCGUCUUCAUCACCCUGAGCAUUGUGCUGGAGAGGAUGCGAUAUGAAGGUGCGGUGGACAUCUUCCAAACUGUCAAAAUGCUGCGAACACAAAGGCCCGCCAUGGUACAGACAGAGGAUGAGUACCGGUUCUGCUACCAAGCUGGCAUCGAAUACCUGGGAAGUUUCGACCAUUAUGCAACAUAAGAAAAGGGGAAGACCGCCAUCUGCUAAGAUUCCUUUUUCCCAGUGGGCCACAAGCACUACAGAAACAAACUUGAGAAAGCCACAGUAAAAAAAAACGAACUUUACCAAAAACCAGUGACUGAUGUCAUCACAGCAAGAAUGAUUCGAAUUCAUCAUUGACGUCAUUUGGAUUUCAGAGUUUAAAAAGUACAAAAUAAAAAUGUUUUAAAAAAAGCAACAGCACCACAUGCACUCUCAGGAACUGCCUGGAAGGAUUGGAUCUGGGAUGUCAUGUGUCACACUGCAAACUAUUACCUCAGUGUUCAAGUAUCCUAUAAAAUGUCGUGAUCAAUUUUGUAAAAAAAAAAAAAAAUAGUGGAGAAAGAAAACUUACUGAAAAAUCUUCAAAUAAUUAUCAAUACAAACAAUUCAAAGCCUGGAAAAAUUGCUGCAUCUUCAAUUGGAGUGACAGUACAUUCAAACAUUUCUUUGCCAAUAGGAUCGAAUGGUUUCAGAGCAGACAGAUAAAUCCUCUGUAUGAAUCAUCUGACGGAGGAGACAGCUGCGGCUGCAACGACGAGAAGGACAUUGAUUGUGAACCAUCUUGAAAUUGACAAUGCCAUCAGGAACAUCCAUCAGAAACAGUACCAAUACUGAAGCAGACCUUCUACCUUCAGUGCCUCGAAGAGCAGUCCAAGUUCGGAAGCAUCCAAGUGUCUCUGUCUAUGACAGGAGAAGAGCAUUAAUGGUGUCAUAUGGUUGUUUCAGCAUAUAGAACAUUACCAGUGUGAAAGAUAUGUUUCAUUGCAGUUUUUAAAGAAAAAUCUGAAACCUGGUGUACACUAUCUCUCGUGACCAUACAUGGAGGAGUCAUUAUCUGGCCAAUAUGUUCCUGUGGGUAGUUUUUAUCUUAUUAGUUCAUUUCCUUUUAACCACAACAUGCUGCUUCUAUUGUGUGUAUGCCGCAAAGAGUUAAAUGUGAUGGCUUGUAUAAGACCAAUUAUUCUAAAAUCUUCAAUGGACCCACCCAGGAUUGACACUAGCACAUUGUUUUCUAAUUCUUUUUGUAAUGGUUUGCAUCCAAAAAGGAUUGCUGAAAGGGAAGCCGAGCAUACUUUCCUUUUUGACAUUCCUUUAUCUGCAGACUAGCCAGGAGGUGUGCAAUUUGCCGUCUCCUCUUCUCCAAAAUGAUCUCCUUUGGACAUGAAGAAAUGCACAAAAGGUCUACAGAUGCACAGGUUAUGCGCCAGGCUAUCUUUUCAGAGAGCCAAGACAUUCAAGUGUUAUUGUAGUAAGAGACCCUCAUGGGCAGCACUGUCAUAUUGAGAUUCUCUCUUAUCCCAAGUCUUUAUAAUUACACAGUUUAUAUAAUUAUAUUUGGUGGUGAUCCUAAUUGGGCAAGUGGACCUACACAUAUCCACUAAUCCGACUUAGGAAGAUAAUAUUAUAUACACACAAAGCUACUAUUUUUACCAGACUGAAAUAGAUCCGUUUUAUUUUCAGCAAGAUUUGGAAAACAUUUCAGUCAAUUUCAGUUUGCACAGUUUUGAUCUAUAGGUAGUACAACACGUUUUUGAGCCCGUGCAAACAUUUUAGCACAAGCUAUCAAAAAAGGAAGCCACUGGAGUGAGUUGUGUAGGUCAAAAAGAGACUAAAAUGAGCCUUAUUGUUGUUGUCAAAUAUUUAACCAAUAUUAUUUUUUAUUAUUUUUGUUAAUAUUAUGCUUGAAUUUUUUAUUCAGUUAUUUAUUUAUAUUGCGUUUUGGACUACUUAUAUGAAUAUAACCUAAUGAAAUGUUGUGUAGUUGGCAAGCAAAUGUUCCUGUACGAGGUUAAAAAUGUACAGCGUUGUAAUCUGUAGCCCUAUGGAGUUUUGAUAUUAUUGAUAUUAUCAUUAUUAUUAUCAUUGUGCUCUAAACUUUGACCGCUGAACUUUAAACCUUGGGUGUCUGAUGCUAUGUAGAGCACAGGAGGCACAGGAAGACACUGUCACAAUCGCUGAUGGCAGCCUCAACUAUCGGGAAGCACAUGCACAGUCCAGAAGCCCAGAAUUAAUUCUGUUUUAAUCUCCAAUUGUUCAUUCAAUUAGCUGUUAAUUAUUCACAUGGGUGGCUGCAUUUUGGCAGGGAAUGCACAAAGGACAUAGUAUAAUAAAUGUUAUUAUUCUGCUGUGUCAUCUUUCCUGUGAGCACAGUGAGUUCUCCAUCAUUCCUACCCAGAGAGAGAAGCAGGUUUUUUUAAUUAAAUUCAGCAGCAUGCCCAAGGACAACACAAACUUACAUCAGAAAACUGGAGAGCAAGGCUGGUGCACAGUCUGUAGUGUCCACGAUGCCAGUACCUACAGGAAGGGCCUUCACAAGUUUUGGAACAAAAGGCACAGACUACUCCCGACCAAAAUGUUGUGUCUUAAAUACGGCCCAGUAAAAGCAAAUCAAGCACACAAGUCAUUAGAGCAAAGGACAAAAACUCUAUCCAUCAGUGAGGCUGCCCAAAAGGUACUGCACAUGUACUGUAUGAGGGUCAAGUGCUAAUAAGUGUUUCAACUUUCAAUCUGUUACUUCAGACUCUGUUGAUUGAUUUAGAACCAUGUAUGUAGAUAUGUUGACUUUGUAUUAAAA